CUAGCUGAUAUCUGAGCCUUGUUCCAACAACCCCGUACCUAUACAUUGCAUCCGAUAAGACGUCAAAGGCCGUAGCACAAAUUACAUCGAGGCGAACUACGCGCGGAAUAUCUUACCAACUAUCUGGCGGACUCAGACAUCAUGGAUACUUUUGGACCAAAACCACCCACAGACGCAGCACUUGGUAAUAUGGUCGAAUAUUUCCUAGGCCCAGUGGAUCCUUCGAGCCUCAGCCUGCAUAGCUUUGCCCUCGCAAACUGGUACCGCUGCAACCAUUGCAUGGCUGAUUCCGCCUUUCGAGCAGAACUGUCGUCAAUGCUCUCGGACACACAACAACGAUCAUAUAACUUGCUGUUUGAAUGGUGGACUGCAGCAUACCAGGAGCCCAGAUCCGCACUCUACGCCAUAUUGGAAAUAGUAUCGGAGUCGCAGGACCUGGAAGUCGUCAUUGACGAAGAUGAAUGGAGUUGGACAGACCUGCUGCGUUUUCUGCAGCUGCGAGAAUGGCCGAAAGACGAUGCGUGUAAGCCGAGAAAAGUCGUUCCGAACUCCGCCGACUAUAACGAUGUCAUGAUGGAGUUGUACGAGGAAGAAUUCUACCGCACACGAUUCUCGGCGGAUGCCAGACUGAGGAGGCUGAGGAAAAACGCCGCUGUAGCUGCAUAUGUGCAGAGAGCGGCAUUUUUUUGCUAUCAUUCUCUGCACCAGGAGUGUCUUCUGCCACAAGCACAUGUCGAAAGUCCAACGAUGGGUGUAUCUCCUGGUGACAUGGCUACUAAGGCGACAGACCACACUGGAGAUCAGACCCAGGCCAUGAGCACGUCACUCACCAUCGGACCUGCGGUGGAGAGCUGCGCCUGGUUGGAUUGGGAGAUAAGAGCAACAACCAACAAAUUAGACCUCCCAUACUAUCUCUGGGAUACAAUGGAGAGUCGCACCGUAAAGUCUUCCGAACUGGUCCAUGUUGUACCGUACACGGCUAUCAGCCAUACAUGGGGCCGCUGGGCGGAAUACGAAAAGCCAAAAGUGAGAGUCCCCGGCAUUCCUUGGUCCAUCUAUCGUAACACGCAAUUUGACGUCGCCUCGAUUCCGGAAAUGCUCUCGCGCGUCCCUACUAGCGACCCCACCGACGCGAGAGGAGGAGCACGAUAUGUAUGGUUCGAUUUAGCAUGCAUUCCCCAGGAUGACCAGGACCCAAUAAAGAGCCGGGAGAUUGCGCGGCAGGCCAAGAUAUUUAGGUGCGCCGCGCACGCAGUGGCGUGGUUCCACGACGUUGACAACUUCUCUACAUUACAAAGCAUCCUCCAAUGGAUGCUGCUUCAACUUUUCCUCGUACCUGUCAUGGGAGAUUCGGCAAGCAAAGCGACUUUAGUCACGGAGAGAUUUGAGAGCUUGCGAUCAGGGCCUUCAAACCUCCUUACACCUAGACAAGGUCCCUUCCGCUUCCAGGGAAACCUUGGCGUACCGAACGGCUGGUUCACCUCUUUGUGGACACUUCAGGAACUCUGUCUUCGGCCAGACAUGUGGAUGUGCUCUUCCGAUUUUGCGCCAUUCAGUAUCCAAAAAUCCACCGCCAUGCCCUUGAAUGGUUUAAUAGCCAUCUAUCGCGCCUUCACCGCGCAAAUCCUAUCCUCUCUCGACCCUCUAUGGAGAGACCUCGACCGUGAAAAGCAGCAUCAUGUUGCCCUAUGGGAGUUUGAUCAUUGGUCACAAGAAACGGGCAUGGAUCUCCUUCUGGACAUGCGCAGGGCUGAUGUGCUUGCGCUCGGCGACAGGAGGGAAUGCACGUCGCGAAGAGCAGAAGCAAUCAUGUCCGUCCUCGGGGUGACUGAGUGGUAUAGAUCCGGCCUUGCAGAUGUAGGCGAGAGGGAUAUGGUAUUAGACAAGUAUCCGCUUGAGUUCGUGCGGGAAUUGCAACGGAGCAUGUCCGGAGAGAUGUUCAGCGCCCUGAGUAAAUUCCCUGCCGUCGACAUGCGCAAUCUGUCUGAGACUGUACAUGAACCGGACCCCACGGACAUCCAUCUAGCUACCGAACGGGUGGGGCCUAGCAAAAUUGGAACAUUACUUCCUUUCCAUCGGACUGCCGUCGAGUAUAUACCGGUUCGCUCAUGGGCAUCGCCAGGAUACGAAGCGUUCGAAUCUCACUCCGCGGUGCAACACUGGCGAGUCAAUACCUCAGGAACGAUUUAUGUCCCCUCAGCGUGCAUCCUUGCAACAUCUGAUACCUCAGUCUUCGCUCCAGAGCAGACCAUUCAGGUCCGAUUCUUUGGGUUUUUCAUGUCCAUGGCGUCAGCCCUCAUUCCAGUGAGCGACGGGCGCGGGUACAUCGACCUGCAAAAGUGGAUCAAGACACGGCCGUACUUAGCAUUCGCUGUCGUUAUUAUGUUCAGAAGAAAGGCGGAUGAAUGUGACUAUCACAGGGUGGACCAAGUUAUGGGUGCUUUGAUUGGGGGACCGGAUAGUGGCAGCUUGCGAAAGAUUGGGAAUUUCGUUUCGGAUCCAAUUGAUCAGGAGGUAUUCCUACCCGCAGUUACGCCUGUAGAGUGGGCUGUACACUAG